GCUAGGAGGCUGCGCCGCACACACCGCGCCAGGGCGGGAGCCGGACCUGGGCAGCGGGCGGGAACCGGCUGGGGGCGCACCGGCUGAGCUGCGCGCCACUGGGGAGCCGUGGCGAUGGCGGUGCAGGCGGCACUCCUCAGCACGCACCCCUUCGUCCCCUUCGGCUUCGGGGGCACCCCGGAAGGGCUUGGGGGCGCCUUCGGAGCCCUGGACAAGGGCUGCUGUUUCGAGGACGAUGAGACUGGGACGCCGGCGGCCGCGCUGCUGGCGGGCACCGAGGGCGGGGACGUACGCGAGGCCACCCGCGACCUGCUCAGCUUCAUCGACUCGGCGUCCAGCAACAUCAAGCUGGCCCUGGACAAGCCCGGCAAGUCGAAGCGGAAGGUGAACCACCGCAAAUACCUGCAGAAGCAGAUCAAGCGCUGCAGCAGCCUCAUGGGCGCCGCGCCCCCAGGCCCGCCCUCCCCGGGCGCCGUGGACACGCCUGCCAAGCGGGUGCUCGCCGCCCCCAGCGCUCAGACCGUCGCGGUCCCGGCCCACGGCAAGGCCACCCCUCGGCGGGAGGCGUCGCAGGCGGCGGCGGCGGCUAGCUUGCAAAGCCGAACCUCCGCCGGCGGGCCGGGCGUGAGCUUGGGCGACUUGGAGAAGGGCGCCGACACCGUGGAGUUCUUCGAGCUGCUGGGGCCGGAUUACGGCGCCAGCACAGAGACCGGCGUCUUACUCGCCGCCGAGCCUCUCGAUGUGUUUCCCACUGGAGCCGCCGUCCUGCGGGGACCCCAGGAGCUGGAACCUGGCCUUUUUGAGCCUCCGCCGGCGAUGGUGGGGAGCCUACUGUACCCCGAACCCUGGAGCGCCCCGGGCUGUCCCCCGACCAAGAAGCUGAACCUGGCUGUCCCCCGCGGCGCCUCGACCUUGAACGAGCCCUUGCGCUCCUUGUACCCCGCCGCCGCGGACUCUCCGGGAGGGGAGGACGGGACCGGCCUUUUGGCCUCUUUCGCCCCCUUCUUCUCAGACUGCGCCCUGUCCCCGCCGCCCCACCAGGUGUCUUACGAUUACAGCGCGGGCUACGGCCGCACAGCUUUCUCUAGCCUUUGGAGACCCGACGGGGUUUGGGAAGGGGCUCCGGGAGAGGAGGGGGCACACCGGGACUGA